AUGAAAGGUCCAGUCUCUUCUUUGCCAAUCUUUCUCCUUCAUGCUGUUCUUCUUUUGUCUCUUCUACCGAUAAUAGAAAGCGACAAUUUGAUAGAAAAAACUUGCAACAAGACACCCUAUUAUGAUCUCUGCGUCUCUUCCCUGCAAUCAAGCUCUCAAAGCUCUAAUGCAGAUGUUAAGGGUCUAGCUUCUAUAAUGGGCAAUGUCACCUUGUCUAAUGCAACUAAUACGCUAAAUUACAUACACGAGCUAAUCAACAAGACCACAGACCCUGAGCUAGAACGACCCUUGACAUACUGUGCUGAAGUAUACAGCCCUGUUGUCAAUUACAUUCUUCCCCAAGCUAUGGAAGCCUUGGAAAAUGGUCACUAUGGUUUUGCAAAGUAUGGAAUAUCAGAUGCUGGAGAUGAAGCUCAUGCAUGUGAGAAAAAAACCUCAGGGCUGAAAUUACCCUUAACUGAAAGGAACAAACUUACGCAGAAUCUCUGUGAUGUAGCUGUAGCCAUCAUCAAUACAUUGCUGGACAGCUGA